AUCCCAGUGGGAAUUUCGAUAUUUCCGACAGCACUUUAAGGCAGCAUAGACAUUUUUUAUCAGCACCGAGUCGCUGCGGACAAACAAAGUAACAAGUUAACAACUAUGAGACGUCCUGGACAUGCAUUAACAGCUGCGACCACAGCUUUAACUCUUCUGCUUUGCCUGUGUUCAGUCAGAGGUGACUACUGUAAGGUGAAUGUUUGCCAUAACGGAGGAACAUGUGUGACGGGGAUAGGAGAUGAUCCGUUCAUCUGCAUCUGUGUGGAUGGCUUCGGUGGAGACACCUGCAACCUGACAGAGACCGGACCCUGCAGUCCAAACCCCUGCAAGAAUGAGGGCUCGUGCGAGAUCAUCACUCCAACCAGACGAGGAGACGUUUUCAACGAGUACAUGUGCAAGUGUCAGCCAGGCUUCGAGGGAGCGCACUGCCAGAUCAAUGUGAACGACUGUGCCAACCAGCCCUGUAAGAAUGGAGGGAUAUGUCGAGAUCUCGAGGGCGACUACACGUGCCAAUGCCCCUCCCCGUAUGUUGGAAAGCAGUGCCAGCUUAGUUGCAUUUCUCUGCUGGGGAUGGAGGGAGGAGUGAUCGUGGGGUCCCAGAUUUCAGCUUCCUCUUUGCACUACGGGAUUCUUGGUCUUCAGCGCUGGGGCCCGGAGCUGGCUCGACUCAACAACCAGGGCAUCGUCAAUGCCUGGACGUCCGCCGCCCACGACAGGAACCCCUGGAUCGAGAUUAAUAUGCAGAAGAAGAUGCGUCUGACGGGCAUCAUCACCCAGGGUGCCAGUCGCAUGGGCACGUCUGAGUACAUCAAGGCGUUCAAGGUGGCGAGCAGCUUCGAUGGCACCGCUUAUAUCACUUACAGAGCGGAUGGCCAACGGAGGGACAAGGUUUUCAUUGGCAACACGGAUAACGACGGCACAAAGACCAACAUUUUUGACCCUCCUAUCGUGGCCCAGUACAUCCGCAUCAUCCCUGUGGUUUGCCGCAGGGCCUGCACGCUGCGGAUGGAGCUGGUGGGCUGUGAACUCAAUGUUUAUUCAAACACGGCAGGUUGCUCAGAGCCUCUCGGAAUGAAGUCUCGCCUCGUCUCGGACGGCCAGCUUUCGGCCUCCAGCACUUUCCGCACGUGGGGCAUCGAUACCUUCACGUGGCAUCCUCAGUUCGCCCGACUGGAUAAGCAGGGAAAGACAAACGCCUGGUCUCCUGCACACAACAACCGCUCAGAGUGGAUCCAGGUCGAUCUAGAGAAGACAAAGCGCCUCACAGGCAUCAUCACUCAGGGGGCCAAGGACUUUGGGGUGGUGCAGUUUGUGUCACUGUUUAAAGUUGCUUACAGUAACGAUGGAGAGUCGUGGAGUAUGGUGAAGGAGGAGAACAACGGCAAUGAUAAGCUUUUCCAGGGCAACAUUGACAACAACACCCACAAGAAGAAUCUAUUCGAGCCUCCGUUCUACGCCCGCUACGUCCGCGUCGUCCCCUGGGAGUGGCACGAGCGCAUCACUCUGCGCAUGGAGCUGCUGGGCUGCGAUGAUUAGAAACCCACCACUCGCUCAUCUUAACACUGCUCCAUCCUCAUCCGGUCGCUCCGUCGCCUCAAACCACAGCAGAGGAAUAAAGGUCCUGUUGGCUGCUGGGACUGUGACACUUGUAGCACUUUCUAACUUUAAUGUUUGUGUUUAAUAACAUUGUUUUGACAUUUCUCACAGAGAGUCCUGUAUGAAGUAUCAAUAAUUAGAAUUUGAAUAGCUUUGGAUAAAAACUAAAUUUGCGCUUCAUGUUAUUUGCUAAUGAUUUCAGGUCUGUAGACGGGAUAGUAGUGCUAUUCACCUUCUGCAGUUUUACUCAAAGUUAAAUUGCAAGUUUUAACCAGUUAGAAACCCCACAUUUUUGUUUAACAGUCUGCGAAGGACAGAUGACAAACAUCCUCGCUGCUGUUUACUUACUCGAGCAAAAAGGACGCAGGGACUGCACAAUAUUCUUGCAUUUCCAACAAUCCUGUGAGAGAUUAUGUCCAAGAGAAGAAAAUUUGACCUGCAGGCCACUGAUCUGUCAAUCAAUUUUUUUUUUUACACAUUUCAGCAGAUUUUUCCACUUCAUCUAACAAAUUGUUACAUCGAAAUUAAAACCUUUUUACAUCAAAUGUGAAAUAUGUAGAAAGAUGUGUAGAAAA